AGAAUGUAAAGAAGAGCACGCACCCAAUCUUCCAGCGUUAUCCGGAGGUCCGUGACGAGACUCAGAAAUGGCUUCGUGAGCAGAAGGAGCAGGAUGUGUUGAUGCACGCCCCCUAUCAGCUGACUGGAAUCCGUGUCAAAGUCUAUCGGCUAGGUUCAACCACACAGUGGUUCACUGCAGUCAUCACAUGGCACGAUCUUCUAUCAAGGGAGUUGGUUGUGAUGGAUGAUACAGUUCUGGAGAGUCACACUGAAAAUCCUGCUCAUAUUCAGAUGAUGUUCCUUGAUGAUGUUGUGAAUUCUCUUCUGAAGGGAGAAAACGUAGGAAUAACAAGACGUACCAAUCGAGCUACCAAUAACCCAGCUGUUACUACCCAGGCUACCACUACAACCCACACACGUACAGCCCCACGGAGUCACAGUCCAAGCCAUGCGCCUUCUGGACCCCAGCCUACAGUCGUCAGUAGCACCAGCAGUAGCAGUAGCGGAGGAGGAGGCAGCAGUAAGAAGAAAAGGAAAGACAAAGAUCAUGUCACCCCUGUCGUCUCUACCCCACCCGUCUCCUCCCAUGAGCACCCUGAGAAAACUGACAAGAUAUUAGAAAAAGCUGGCAAGGAGAAAGCCCCAGGAUCCUGCAGCAGCGCACCCAAGAGCAAGAAGGAGAGGAAGAGAAAGUCGGAUGAGCAGGUUGAAGAGGAAAAGAAAUUGCCAACUUCUACAUCUGAGAAGCGACCCAGGUCAAACUCUGGGUUUUCUGAAUCGCCCCAGGAACGCGUCGUCGAGCUGAGCAAAGGUGAAACCCCUGACCCCAGUAUUCCCAGUGGUGAAAGCGUUGUUCAUAGCGUGUCUGUAUCAAAACCGGAUAAAGUGUGGCAAUCAAACACUCCUUCUGUGCAAGUGGAACCAAAACCAAGAGAGGAUAGUGAUGUGAGUUGUAACUCCAGUAAGGCUAAGAGUAAGGCAGUCAAUAAACAGGAACAAGCCAUUAGCAGUGACAAAAAGGACUCGCGAUCCUCGACUCCAGACUCUGUCAAGAAACAUAAGCAGAAAGCAAAGAAGGAACACAGACCCAAGCAACCUGUAAGCAUCGAGGUUACUCCUCAAGAAACACCUGCAAGUGAUCAAAGCAGGUUGAGUGUGUCUACUAGUGUGACAACAACCGUCUCGAAACAAAUGGUUGAGUCCAAAACUGAAGGAACCGGGCCUGCUGGUUUAAGGCCACCCAUUCCUGAAAAGGAAGCAAAGAGGAAGAACUUUGGAGAGUUUCCUCCGCCUGAUCUGAGGGAACAGUCACUCACUUCAGCCAUCGCUGGUAUCAUUGCAAGAGAAUUGAAUAGAGACUCGGAUAUUUCCUCAAGUGUCAGUAAGAAAACGGAACCCAAUUUAGUCCCGUCAGAUAUUUCCACGAAGGAAAUACAACCAUCUAGCAUUAGUGAUAGACCAGUGAACAGUGGACCAAUAACCACAACCUCAUAUACAAGUAGUAACCUGCAGAGUGUGUUACCGAACAGGACGAUAGCUACGUCAAACUCUGUACCUGUGAUAUCGCAUGGGAAUGGCGGAUUGACGGGACUACCAGGCAUGGAUAGAAACUCCUAUGGAAUUACAAGUGAAAAUACAAAGUUAUCAAACUCUACAAAUAUUUCAUCCAAGUCAUUUGCUCCACAACCCGUGCUUGGGGAAAGGAUUGCGAGACCUGAAGUUAGAGAUCCACGCAGAGAAACAAGUAGUUCAACAAGUGAGAAGAGUGAGGGUGGGAAGUCUUCUUCUUCCACAGAUAGGAGCAGAGAUUCGGAUCAGUCCAGGUCGGACAAAAAGUCCACUCUGGUCGCUGACCUAAGGACUCCAGUACAGGUUUAUCGCGACCCCAAUUUGUCCGACUCGGAAGUGAUUCAUGUGGAUUCAAUUCAGCACCAUCCAACUCACUCUCACUUGAUGAAGAUUGGGGAUCACCAUUCCCCAUCUCCAGGACAACACCCCAUCACUCCAUCCCCACACUCUGCACUCAGGAAUCCCAGUGCCACCGCAGCCCCCGCCCCCGGGGCCAACCCCAGCGCCAUCGUUGCCUCUCCGAGUGCCUUCGUUGCUGCGCCCUCAGUCGGUCACAUUCCAGCCCACCAUCCCAUCCAACACCAACACCACGCCAUGUUUCCUGCGCAUCUCCAACUCUAUCAGCAGCACCCGCUGGCCUCUCAGCUGGUCAUGCCUGGGCACUUCCCGCAGCACCACCUGGCAGGUCUGGAUCGGCACUCGCUGCAGCAGCUUCAUGCUCAGGGCAUCGUGGGGCUGGUCCAGCCUGAUCCUAUGGCUAGGAUACGUAUGGGUGGUGGUUUACAUGGGAUUGUGUCUCCACAACAUGCUGCUACUGCUCUGCAGGGAAGCAUGCACCCUGGUCUGACACAAGCUCAACUGCAGGCACUACAUCAGCAGCAUGGCUUACCACUGCCACCAAGCUGGGUUAUACAGCAUGAAGAACUGGAAAGGGCUCAUCUACAGCAACAGAAAUCCCAGGCUGCUGCUGUAGCUGCAGCUGAGAAGGGUCCAUCUUCCUUACCACCCCACCAUCCAUCAGCUCCAACUAGUCAGGAUCGACGGAUCGACCCUGCCGCUCAAGCCGCUCUCAGCGCCGACAAGAAACCCCAUCCUUCCCAUCUCCCUGGAGGCGGUGUCCACCCUCAGCACGCGCAGCACCAUGUGCACCCUCAGCUGAUCGCUGUCAGCCAGGCCGCCCAGGCUGCCCAGGGUCUGGUAGGGCAUGAGUCAGCAGCAGCAGCCGCGGUCGCUGCUCACCAUGCAGCCAGGCAUCAGUACCAGGAACUGGAUGCCCAGGCGGCUGUUCAGCAGCACUUCCAGGAGUCACUGCGGAAGCUGCAGGUGCCCUUCUCCUUCUCCACACCUACAGCAGGUGGAAGUAUCACAGAAGGUACAGCUCUUCCCAAGAACAAGGGACAGCUUCCUAAGGAGGUCGUGGACAGACAGCACAAAGAGAGACAAGAGCUUGAGGAAAGGUUGAGGAGGGAGAGGGAGGAGAAAGAACUUGAAUGGCAAAGAAUACAAAGAGAAAAGGAGCGCAAGCACCAAGAUUCUGAUCCUAGAUUAAGGUUUCCUGGUGUGGAGAGCGAGAGUGUAUACAAACAUCCUGUCUCAGAGGGCAAACAUCCCUAUGACGAUCCGCACUACAGGCAGUCACUAGCACAUGCAGGACUUGUGCGAUAUCAGGACGAAUUUGUCAACAAAUACCCCAUGGAAGUCAAACAAGAGCCCAAAAUUAAACUUGAAAGGACAGACCUGAAUGCAAGGACUCAUGACGGGCAGGGGUUCAAGACGUAUCAGUCGUCGGUGAGAUCGGACGCACACACCACGUACUACAAUACCAUGUCUAUGAAAUCAGAGGAACCUAGAGCAGGUGUGCCUGUGAGGACAGAGCAGAAUAGGCAGAUGGCGUCGGCAUCGGCUUACAAGCCUAAACCUGAUAAUUUGGUAGGGUAUCAGCCAUUCCUGCACACGAUCUCCAGUCAUGGUGGGGAGAAAGGGGACAUGUUCAACAAACAUAAUGAGGAAUAUAAGAUGGCUGCUAAUGCUGCAGCGAUGCAGGGGGCCAGGAGGAUCAUUCCAACUCCUCCACCUCUGAUCAAGAGAGAACCAGAUAGGUCGGAGAUGGCAUUGCAUUCUAGCGUGAUUCAAGCAUCCAGGAGUGAGCGAAGACCUGAGAUGAUGCAUCAUUCUGCAGGAGUGUUUACUGCAGCGGGCUCCAAUCAUGAUAUCCAUCUCACGCAGGCGAGCAAGCAUGUUGCGUUAUCAGAUAGCAGAACAAAUAAUGAUGUAUCCCAUUCAGUACCGGUCAUCAAGCAUACGAUAGGCACUCCACCUCCCUUGCAUAGCUCAGCCCAGCAGACCACUGCAAGUCAGUUGGUGAGACAGUCUCACAUACCCCCGCAGUCCCCUCUCAAAGUGGCAACUCCCCAGCAGCUCUCAGCGGCUGUACUUCAACUUGGUUCCCAUUCUGUCAGCAGUACUACCACAACCACCAUGGGAGUGUAUGCCCAUCAGGUGUACUCAACUGCCCAAACAACUACAGCCACAAGCUCUAGCUCACUCCUCAUGUCAGCGCUUCGUCCUCAAGACAUGACGCGAGUGAGUGAAGCGAUGGAUGUUGAUCAAGGUACUAUGAAGCGCAAGCCCAGUCACACGGCUGCAGUGUUCCACAAGAAGAGACCUAAAACGAAGGAUGAUGUGCACAGUGAUAGUGGGAACUCUGAGAAAAAGGAGUCCACUGGUAUGUCAUAUAUUGAGCAAUACCACAAUUUUGUGAUGGAACCAAGCGCUCAUAAUACGUCUGUUGGAGCUCCGACGGUUUGUAAAGCGACUGAAAACAUUGAGCUAAAGAUUGAGAAAGUUGAUCAGUACAAGCGAUUAAGCCUCGACUCCUCAGCGCCUGCAUCUCUCAUGUCGGGCGAGUCACAUAGAACCACCAACGGGACGUGGUCUGAUAGCGAAAGCAACAGGUGUGUUUCACCACGUAGUACUGCCAGUGAUUCUUCAGAGGGGCGUAGCUUGAAGUCGGCGUCGCCACACCGUGCAGGCGGACCCGUCUAUCUCAAGAAGGCCUGGCUGGCCAGACACUCUGAGAGCAAGACACCGUUCGGUGUUCCCACGUCCGGUGCGUCGUCCACGAACAACCUUGAUCCCAAGCAAGAGCCCGGUCUAUCGACCAAGCUCUCCAAUUCCCUCCCCAAUGGACAUCUCAUGAGUGGUACCUUUGCACAGGUGGCGCAGAGCAUGGAAGCUGACAAAUCGGUCACCAUCGAUGACAUUCCAAAAAGCAUUCCCAACCACGUCUACGAUUUUGAUCAGGACAAAUCCUCCACCUGCUCGGAGGCAUCGACGGUCUCCAGCCACAAGUCGCGAUCGAAAAAAAGCGGCAAGGACAGGACCAAGAAAAAGACCGUAAGCGGCACGGGUCUCCGGCAGAUCCCAAGAAGCAUGGGAAAGAUAAAGGAGAUAAGAGUGAGGAGAAGCUUGUUGAAGCGGAGAAACCUAAGUCGGAAUAUGUGCUAGGACUAGGCCUGUAGGAUUAUGUCAAACAACGUUGAAAGCAAAAGUACUCAACAGAUCACAGAGCUGCUCAAUCUGAUUGCACAAACUCCAAAGAAAAGGAAGCUCACAAGAUCCAGCAAAGACAACAAAGAUGGUCAACUGAACCGACCGGUUGCCAAGCCUACCGUGACCAAACUCAAGAAGUCUGGAGAGGCUUUCCUUCAGGAUGGCUACUGCUCUGAGAUCACACCUAACCUCAUGAAAUGCAGAGAGUGUCGGAUCAAGCCUUCAUCGAAGCAGUCCAAACUCAACAACAUAUUCUGUAGAUUCUAUGCCUUCCGAAGACUGAAAUACAGCAACAAAGGGAACCUGACGAUAGCGGGGUUCUCUGAGCCCGAGCAGUGUGACUCAGAGGACCUGAGCCCCUGGUUACCCUACCCUCCAGACACCGAUAGCAACCUGGAUCUGGAGACGUGUCUCUACAUCCUGUCAAGGGUCGGACCGCAGUUCUGUCAGCUGGUGCAGCAGGAGCAGCAGGCCAAGACGUGGUGUCCAACCCCAGGCAAAAUCGCAUGGAAACGAGCUGUGAUCGGUGUGAGAGAGAUGUGCGAUACGUGCGAUACGACUCUCUUCAAUAUCCACUGGACAUGCUCUAAAUGUGGCUUUGUGGUGUGCCUUGAUUGCUACCACUCGAAGAGCGACGAAGAGAAGAAUGAUGAAAACACUCCUGAGAAUGGUUCCAAGUGGUUGAAGUGUAUCAAAGAUCAGGUUCAUCAACCGGAUAGUCUCAUGCUAACACAGAUGAUCCCUGGAAAUGCUCUGUGGGAUGUAGGAGAUCUCAUGCAUCAGGUAUGCGCCAAGUGGAGGAUUCAAUCUGCCUGUCCUUGCCUUGGAGAUACCAAACCUACUGUCAAUGGCAUGUCACCGACAAGUAGCCAGGUUUCACGAGAGUGGAAGAGGGACGACCUCCUAUCGUCUACCGCCCUCAGUGGUCAUAUAGCAAAUGCGCGUACGAAUCGUAUGCCCAAGUUGACAUCUCUUCCAGUGUCCGCUUCACCCCUAGACUUCCUAGCAGACAUUGCCACGUCUCAGGACGGCAAGCGUAACUUCGAAGGCAAGAGACCCGAUACCCUCAACUCCAAAUCAGCGGACAAAGCGUGUUCAGUCGACGUCGAUGCGAAGGGUGAGCCAUGCUCGACGCUGAGAGACUUGCUCACCAAGACAGCCGGGAAGCUAGUCAAACCAUCACCAAACGAUGGAAACCUUCUCACACCCUUCCUGCCUAAAGCCGAUGGCAUCUCCAAGAAGACGUCCCGAACGAUGACCAGCACGUUCGAGGACAUCAUCGCCACGGUCGUGGAGCAGAACAUCUCGGCUCCCGGGAAGGACCGAAACGCAGCCAAGACGCCUCGACUGUCCACGUCGUCCGUCAGCGACACGACAACGUCACCGUGCAACAUCAGGCUGGAGAAGAAGGUCAAGAACCUAGCCAAUAGGAACACGUUGGUGGAGUCGAGUGUGAUGUAUCCCGAUGUACCUCAUUCAUGGUUAUGUGAUGGGAGGCUCCUAAGGCUACAUGAUCCAUCUCAUGCGGGCAAUCUGCGUAUCUUCCAGGAGCAGUGGAGGAAAGGAGAGCCAAUCUUGGUGAGCAACGUUCACAAGCAGCUUGAUGAUAAUCUUUGGCAUCCAAACUUCUUCAACAAACACUUUGGUCACCUUGAGAAUGACCUUGUAGAUUGUCGAUCAGGGGAUGUCAUCACUGGUGCCCCUAUGAGAGACUUCUGGAAUGGAUUUGAGGACAUCUCAAAUCGUCUAGAGACCAAGCAAGGUUUACCCAUCAUCCUGAAGCUAAAGGACUGGCCUCCAGCCCAAGACUUCAGCGAGCUCCUACCUCAACACUUCCAAGAUCUAAUGAACAACCUGCCCUUACCAGACUACACACGCAGGGACGGUAGAUUCAAUCUAUCGUCCAGACUGCCAGACUUCUUUGUCAAACCUGACCUGGGACCAAAGAUGUACAAUGCUUAUGGCCUGGCCCGCUACGCUCCAUGUGGCACCACCAACCUUCAUCUCGACAUCUCUGAUGCUGUCAAUGUGAUGGUGUAUGUAGGCAAGCCUCAUAGCGUAGACGGCAACGAAACAUGCGAUUCAUAUGAAAAAGAAGCCGUUGAUGCAGUGGAUCACAUGUGCAUGGAUGAGCAGACCAAGCAGAGAGUCAGAGAGAAAGAGGAGAGACCGGGAGCUAUCUGGCAUCUCUUCAGGGCUGCUGAUACCAACAAGAUGAGACAGUUCCUGAUCAAGCUGUCACAGGAGAGGGGUGAGGACGUGCCCCCUGAUCAUGACCCCAUCCAUGACCAGAGCUGGUAUCUGGACAACGAGCUGUUAGACCGUCUCUACAAGGAGUAUGGGGUACAGGGAUGGGCCAUCGCUCAGUGCUGGGGUGAUGCCAUCUUCAUUCCUGCUGGUGCUCCUCAUCAGGUGAGGAAUGUGCACUCGUCCAUCAAGGUAGCAGAGGACUUUGUCUCUCCGGAGCACAUCAGUGAAUGUUUCUGGUUGACCCAGGAGUUCCGCCAGCUCAGUGCCACCCACUCCAACCACGAAGACAAACUCCAAGUCAAGAACAUCAUCUACCACGCCAUCAAAGACACCAUUGGACUGCUGGUGACCAAGAACCCACCAGGAGAACAGAACGACCAUAUAGCCAGUAGAGCAAUUGCAGCGCUGCAGCAGCAGCAGCAACUUCAGCAACAACUGCAACUUCAGCAGCCGCAGACUGCAACAUCACAGCCACAGCAGCAGCAGGUUUCCCAGCAACUUGUUGCUCUAUCGCCUCAGUCCAAGCCCUCUCCUGCAUCGACGCCACCGGUGGCAAGCAACAACACCUGCAGCAGCUCGUGACAAUUAGCCAAGGAAAAACAGGCUUUCCAGCUCGAGAGGAUUGGGUGUCAAGUUAACUAAAUGUUCUUGUUGUGUUGUUCAAUAUGACAUUCACUACUGUGUUCGUAGUCUAGAUACAUCCAAAGAACCAGUCAAUUCUAUUCAAGUAGAGAUAGGAAUCUAUCUUUUGUUCUUGUCAUAACCAUUUAUCCAAGGACAAACUCAGAGAGUCGCAAAAUGGAGUCGUCGGGUAAAAUUUUCUCCAAGUGACAAGAAGAAUCUGUGUAUUUACUGAAAAUGGUCCAUUCAUUUGAUUUCUUCCAAGUCAUGAGUACGCCAAUAGACAUGACAUAACAAGGGCAUUGAAUGUCACCUACUCCCAAGAGUGACCCAUCAUUUGAGAACCAAAUACAUUUAUGAUUGAAAGAAGAGAUUGAGUGGCAUAGUCGGGUAGAGGAAAGGAGAUCGAGUAGGUUUGCUUUUUAUUUGUUACUUCCACAAUAUACAUGUAUUUGAAGCAGAGCGUAUAUACGACGACUUGAUGAUGUACAUGUACAUUUCAAAAUACCUCAGCAAGCACUCCACGAGUAAAGGUGCUCUACUUCUAUAGCAAACGUAAUCUAGUCAUGAUAUCGAGCAAGAAAGGAAGAUUAUAUCAGAGUUUUAUUGAGUGACAUCUAUUGAUUGACAAAGAGAGGGACGUUUUUGGAUAAUCUGAGAAGGGUUGAAGAAUUGAAUUGAAUUUCAAAUGAUUUGUUUGUCACCUUUCAAUGAUUUAUUAGAUGAAUGAAAAUAUAUUUAUGUUUUCCCCAUCAAUUCAGAAAAUGAUGUGAUAUGAAGGUAUGUCUUGUACAAAGCUGUUGAAUUGAAGACAGGAGAGUGAUAUUGGUUUGGUACGGUAAAGAGGAUAUGAUGUUUGUUUGUACGUAGGGUAGGAGCCGUGAUUGAGGGUUUUGAAUGCUGCAUCGCUUUGGUUAAACAGCAGAGUGUCAAAGAUUUAGGUGUCGAGAUAGACAUGAUCAGUUUCAAACCCCACGUUUUAAGGAGUCACUUUUUUUAUAGACAACUUGUUUAUUUCAAGAGGAAAAGUUAGCAGAAUACAUAAGAUUAUCUCUAGGACUUUACCUUAUGCUGGUAUCAUGUAUGAAGAAAUUGAUGAAAGCUCUGGCUGCUGUCGGCUGCCUAAUUCAAGGCAGCGCAACAGUUUCCAAAGCAUGUCAAGACUGAACUGUAGUAUGCAUGAUGUAUAAGCUCUUUAUUAUUAUUAUUAUCAUCAUUUUAUAUAUUUUUAACAUUUUUUUUUUUUUUUACAUUUCCAGAUGUAGAAUGAACAUUUUGUAACGUAAUGAAUGAAUUUACCAGCAAAUUCAGCAAAUGAUCACUUCAUAUGCCCCAAUGAAUUUUGCAAAGAAGUGAGAUGCAUUAUGGUUUGCAAUAUGGAUCCUUUAAUGGUCACGAUUUAGGAUGUGAUAAUAAUUAAAAGUAAGGAAGGUAUUUAAUGCUGCUAUAGUUGGCAGUCCAUCGUGUUGUAUGUAUAGCUAUCAUGCCUGUGCAUUGCAUGCGGCAUUGUUGAUUUUGUUCUAAUUCUUUCAAACAUUCCAUAUGAAUUUUGUAGCGAUGAUUUUGUUUUUUCUCCUUGUUUGUUGUACCUAGGAGAUUUGUACCAACCUAUGAAAAAAGAUUGACCAAAACUAAAUGUGCCUAACUAAGUUAAUUUAUGUGUAGAAUAUUGAGGAUAAGUUUGGGCAAUUUAUUUAAGGGCUUUUGUGAAUGGUAAGGCAAGGUAACAAAUAAAAUAGAACUAAAAAAAGGGCUGUUUUUGAUCCAUGAACUAUUUAAGAACAGGAUUAAACAAAUCCUAUUUAAUUUAGUCCAUAAAACAUUUAGCAGUGUGUGUUCAUAAGUUUUUAUAGGACAUGUUUUAUUUGCGAUGAUUGAUUAAACUGCCUUUGCCAUUUAUGUUAGUAUAUCGUAGGGGUAUCCUGUUUCACCUCAGGUUAGGGAGGCAACGUUUGGUUGAAAACUUUCCAGAUGUAUGUAGAUCAUGGGUGUAUAGUUGAAGUCUGUGCUCGAUUAGGAAAAGUAUCAUUUCAAUGAAAGAAAUGAGUUUGGUGUGAGAAAAUAGUUCAUACAGUGAUGUAGAGAACAAUAUAUGUAUCACAGAAUCAAAUGUUUUGCCAUCGAAGGCAAAUCAAUAUGAUCACUGUAAAUAAGUAAGAGAUAGAUAUAUAGCCUUUAUGUAGUCUUUAUAUCUUGUUUAAUUCCUGUCUCGUCGUGACAUGAAUUUUUCUUUUCUUCAAAAGCUGUGAAACUUGGAGUGAUUUUCUUUUUUAAUACACAAUUACAAAAAUGCACCUUGAUUGUGAUAUUUUCUUCUGUUGAUAAAACAUGUUUAUAUGAUAUUGAUUUUUACAAGAAACAGCAGAAAGAAUGAUCUCUUUGUAGACGUGUUUGUUGUGUUGGGGAAUAAUUAUGUGUGGUAAUGUAUAUACUUAGGGUCAUAGUGAUAUUUUUGUAUGGAGAGGGGGAUUUCUGUCUCCCUAUCUCCGUUAUGAGUUUGUAAUUGAAAUCACUUUGAUGACCUUUUUAUUUGACCGAGAAGACAAUGAAAUGCGUUUCGGUUGGAAAUAGAAUUUAUAGUCGAAAAGGAAUCGUGUGUAUCUGUAAAUUCUUGUGAAUAUGACAUUCUUAUUUUAUGAAAUCAGUUGACUUGUGCAUGGCUUGGCUUGCUAAAAAAAAGUGAAGAAAAUGAAGAAAAUCUUGUUAUACAGUUGACUAAAACAAAUAAUACAAAAACAUACAAAUAA